AUGUCCUCAACACCUGCAAAAUUUCAAUUUUCCUUGGCACUUUUGAAGCCUGACCUGUGUGCAAAUCCUGCUUUGAUUCCUUUAAUCUUGAAUUCCCUCAAAAACAAGAACUUCAAGAUAUUAGGAGAACGCAGGCUAUUAUGGAAUCAAUCCCAUGCUGAGAAAUUUUACGCCGAGCAUCGUGCUCGAAAUUUUCUUUACCAUAAACUAUUCGCCGCUCUCCUGAUUAAACUCUUUUUCUUUUCAAGUGGUCCUUUCGUGUCAUUAAUACUUUCGAAACCUAACGCUAUUCGUGAAUGGCGCGAACUGAUCGGUCCCACUCAUCCUUUCAGAGCAAGAAUAAAUUCGCCCAACACCCUGAGAGCUUUGUACGGCCUAACGGAUACUAGAAAUUCCUUUCACGGUUCAG